AUGGUCGAAUCAAUAAUUGGUAUUCGUGGUAAAGAUUUUGUUUUGUUAGCUCAAGAUGCUAAUACAACAAAAUAUGGUAUUCUUAAUAUGAAAUUCGAUACAAAUCGUUUAUUUAAAUUAAGUGAACAUUGUGCUAUGCUUGCUGCUGGUGAACCAGGUGAUGUUGUUCAAUUUGCAGAAUAUGUUGGUAAAAAUAUUCAAUUAUACAAAAUGAUUAAUGGUAUUGAAUUAUCACCAUAUGCAUGUGCUAAUUUUACUCGUCAUGAAAUGGCAACAUCACUUCGUUCACGAAAUUCAUUUUUAGCUAAUCUUAUUGUUGGUGGUUAUUCAACAAAUGAACGUGAUCAACAACGUGUACAACUUUAUUCAAUUGAUUAUUUAGGUGCCAUGGUUUCAGCUAAUGUUGUUGCUCAUGGUUUUUGUCAAUUUUUUGCAUUGGGUAUUGGUGAUCGUUUCUGGAAAGAAGAUUUAACUGUUGAAGAAGCAUUAGCUAUGUUACAAAUUAUAGUUAAUGAACUUGGUAAACGUAUGGCUGCUUAUCCACAUUGUGUAUUUGUACGAAUAAUUGAUGAAAAAGGUAUACAUGUACUUGAUAAUAUGUAUCCAGAAAAAAUUCAUGUUGCAAAACCAUCUGAAGGUGAAUUACAAACAACUGCCGAUAUGAUGGACAUUCAUACUUAG